ACCACUUCUCUCUCUCUCUCUCUCUCUCUCUCUGAUAUCACUAUCUCUCGUUGAUAUCACUCUCUCUUCUCUCAUACUAAUCACUCGCAUAACGGUAGCGUUUGGGUGGUGAUCGGAGGUUAAAGAGCGAAGGGAAACAAUGGCGGUGACUCCGACGGUGACGGCGUCGCUGUACGUGGGGGACCUCCACCCGGACAUGACGGACGGCCAGCUCGUGGACGCAUUCUCACAGUUUGAAAGCCUCGCGUCAGUGCGCGUCUGCAGGGACAUGUCCACGGGGAGGUCGCUCUGCUACGGUUACGUCAACUUCAUCACUCUCGAAGACGCAAUUCGUGCUAUUGAAGUAAAGAAUCACACUACCCUGAAUGGCAAUUUGAUAAGGGUCAUGUGGUCACGUCGCGAUCCUGAUGCAAGAAGAAGUGGUAAAGGGAAUGUGUUUGUUAAGAACUUGAAUGAAUCGAUCGAUAAUAUGGGGCUUCAAGAUAUGUUUCAGAAAUUUGGAAACAUUUUGUCUUGCAAAGUUGCUACGUCUGAGGAUGGGAAGAGUAAAGGGUAUGGCUUUGUUCAAUUUGAGUCUGAGGAAUCUGCAAAUGAUGCAAUUGAGAAGCUAAAUGGCUCCACUUUUGGAGAAAAGCAGAUAUAUGUUGGGAAGUUUGUCAAAAAGAGCGAAAGGAUUUUACCCAGCCCAGAUGCUAAAUUUACAAAUUUGUAUGUGAAAAAUUUGGGUCCAGAUGUCACUGAAGAGGUUCUGCAGGAAAAGUUCUCCAAGUUUGGAAAAAUUGCUAGCUUGGUUAUCCGAAAGGAAGACAAUGGGAUGUCAAGAGGUUUUGGCUUUGUAGACUUUGAAAACUCAGAUGAUGCAAGACAGGCAAUGGAAGCGAUGAAUGGAUCACAACUUGGCUCAAAAGUUCUAUAUGUAGCAAGAGCACAGAAGAAAGCAGAGCGUGAGCAAAUUUUACGACAUCAAUUUGAGGAGAAACGUAAAGAGCAGAUCAUGAAGUUCAAGGGUUCAAAUGUCUAUGUGAAGAACAUUGAUGAUAAUGUCACUGAGGAGGAGCUGCGAGAACACUUCAGUCAGUGCGGAACAAUUACUUCUGCAAAACUUAUGAAAGAUAACAAGGGAAUAUGUAAGGGGUUUGGAUUUGUCUGCUUUUCCACCCCUGAGGAGGCCAAUAAAGCUGUGAUCACUUUUCAUGGAUACAUGUUUCAUGGGAAGCCACUGUAUGUGACUAUUGCUCAAAGGAAAGAGGAUAGACAAGCACAAUUGCAGCUUCAGUAUGCACAACGCAUGCCAGGACUGGUGGGGCAUUCAGCUACUAUUAUCCCCAGUGGAUAUCCUCCUUACUACUACCCGACUCCACCUGGUGUUGUUUCACAAGUGCCUCCUCGGCCCUCCAUGAUGUAUCAGCCUCUGGGAUUGAGGCCAGGAUGGGGGGCUAAUGGAUUUGCACCUCCAACCAGACCAGGGUUUCAACCAUCUCCAGUUCCAGUUAUUCCUAAUAACCAAAGGCAAAAUAGGGGCAGGAUGAACGGGCCUAUGCUGCCACAGGGUGGUGCAUACUCUUUUUCCUACAUACCACAGUCAAUGACUUCUUCAAAAGAGUCAGCCAAUCAGCAGUGGACUGGGCAGGCUAAGUAUGUGCCAAACAGCCGUCAACGUGAGAUGAACAAAGGAUCUGGAGUCUCAUCUGCUGCUUCUAUUUCUGUUGGGUCCGGGCCACAGGGGUCAGAGAUGCUAAGUAGCAUGCUUGCUGCUUCUUCCCCUGAGCAUCAGAAGCAGAUACUCGGCGAGCGUCUGUACCCUCUUGUCCAAAAACAAAAGCCUGACCUUGCUGCAAAGAUUACGGGGAUGCUUUUGGAGAUGGAUAACUCGGAAUUGUUGCUUUUGCUGGAGUCACCAGAGUCUCUGGUGGCCAAAGUGGAAGAAGCUGUGCACGUUCUCAAGUUCUCCAAGACCAAAGUAUCUGGUCAAGACACCCUUCAUUCCAGUUUCCUAUCUGCUGAGGUUGCAGUCAAUUGAUAAAGUUCAUUCCUCUGGAAAUGAUACUUUUUGGGAAGGUUGUAGGAAAUGGUGUGGCUCCAAGCUCUUGGAGAGCAAAAUUUUGGAUGGUUAACAGCAGUAGAGCUUCUUUAUCUCUGGCCUGCGAAAUACUUAGUUUCUGGUUUACAGGACUUGUGCUUGUUUCUGUUUUUGAGGAAUAUUCAUGUUUCGUUGCAGUAGAGGGGAACUCUUAUAUUGUAGUAGUAGCACUUAUUAGUAAUGGUAAGAAUGAGGAUUUUGGAACCAAA